AAUGAAGGGGGAAUAUGAGAAAUCAGAAAAGAGAUGGUUGGCAGGAAUUUCAACUCCUCAUUGACUUGAGUCCAUCCUUUGAAUGUUAGACCUAACAGUGGAUAGCUAUCCACGUUAGCGUCCCGAUCCUCUUCCUCUUGCAAAAGAAAGCUCGUUUGAAGUGUUUCAUUUCCUCUUACCUCAUCCUUUCCAUGGCUUCUUCGUCUUCUACGUCUUCCUCCAAACGGCCAAAACGGAUUUACGACGUCGUCUUGAGUUUCAGAGGCGAAGACAUUCGUAACAGUUUCGCUUCGCAUCUUUAUGCCGCUCUAAGACAGGCCGGGAUCCAUGCUUUCAUGGACGAUAAGGAGCUUGAAAGAGGAGAAGAGAUCUCUCGCUCAUUACUGCAAGCAAUCGAAGGAUCACAAAUUGCGCUCGUGAUUUUAUCUCCGAAUUACGCAUCUUCUAGAUGGUGUCUGAAUGAGUUGGUGAAAAUAAUGGAAUGUCAAAAAACCCAAGGUCAGCGGGUUAUGCCCGUAUUCCAUGGCGUCGAUCCGUCAGACGUUCGUCAUCAGAGAGGCUCAUAUGGUGAGGCGAUAGAAAAACACGAGCAUAAGUUGGGAAGGGGAGCGAUCGGGUGUCGCAGUGGCGGAAGGCACUCGAAGCGGUUGCGAAUACUUCCGGCUUCGAUUCAGCUUUUCGGGAUGAAGCUUAUGUAAUUAAAGGGAUUGUCGAUGAUGUUCUUGUAGAAUUAAACACUGGAGAUUUGAUUAUUGCUGACCAUCCAGUAGGAAUAGAAUCACGGCUUCAUGACUUGACUAUUGAAUGGUCAAAAAAGAGGUCACGAAAAGUUCUUAUCAUAGGCCU